AUGGACCCCACAAACGACCCUAAUUUCACACCUCCGUCCAGAAACAAAAACAUUGAACCCACUGCACCACUGCAUGCUAUACCGCAGAAUGUCCCAAUCCAGCCUUUUGUGAUGGAAGAUUUAGGAGAAGCGUUGGAUGAUCCAGCGCCACACCCAGCCUCUUCCUCAGCAAAGCCUUCAGUGAUCCGAGGCAAAUCAUACGAGAGCAGUGGAGAAUCUGAGUCCCGGUAUCACUCCAAGAUUCCUCGUAAGCAUACUGAGUUAACAAACUCAUCAUCAGAUGAGGAAGAGGAGAUAAUUAUUGAUGUUUCCGAACCACAAGAAGAAAAGACUAGAAAGGAGAUUCUCCCACCUUCUAUCCAGGUACGUUCGUCGCAAAUUGCUGAUUUGGAAGAGGUGCCUCAUGGGAUACAGCGGCAGGCAACUGAAUUAUCAGAGUACAACUUUCCAACUCAUAGAUUGGCUACUACAUUGACCGACGAAUCAAAAUCGCCAUUGGUUAUUGUUGCUUGUGGAAGUUACUCGCCCAUAACUUAUUUGCAUUUGAGAAUGUUUGAAAUGGCAUUGGAUGCGGUAAUUGAACAAACGCGAUUUGAGGUUAUUGGUGGAUACUACAGUCCGGUAUCUUCAAAUUACAAGAAACAAGGGUUGGCCCCUGCUCAUCAUAGGGUUAGAAUGUGUGAAUUGGCGUGUGAACGUACUUCAUCAUGGCUUAUGGUUGAUGCAUGGGAAUCUUUACAACCAAAAUACACAAGAACAGCAUUGGUUUUGGAUCAUUUCAAUGAGGAAAUCAACAUUAAACGAGGAGGAAUCAUGACAAAGUCGGGUAAGAGAAGAGGAGUCAAGAUUAUGUUGCUAGCAGGUGGGGAUUUGAUUGAGUCAAUGGGAGAGCCCGAUGUAUGGGCAGACCAGGAUUUGCAUCACAUUCUUGGGAAAUAUGGUUGUUUGAUUGUGGAAAGGACAGGCUCAGAUGUGAGGAGUUUCCUCUUGAGUCAUGAUAUUAUGUAUGAACACAGGAAAAACAUCUUGGUUAUCAAGCAAUUGAUCUACAAUGAUAUUUCGUCAACGAAAAUACGAUUGUUUAUUAGAAGAGGCAUGUCUGUGCAGUACUUGUUGCCCAAUUCGGUCAUCAGGUAUAUUCAACAGCACAAUCUUUAUGGAGAUUCAGAACCUGUGAAACAAGUCAUGUCAGAGCGUGCAGAUUAG